GUUGUUUGAGCCGUGAUGCGGUCGCGCGGUGAGCCCCGGCGCCUUCCACCCCCGCGUGACCCAGGACGACGCCCCGCGUGCGCUUUGUCUCGGCAGGGAAUUGUCAUUGGGACCGGCGAGAACUCUGAGUUUGGAGAGGUCUUCAAGAUGAUGCAAGCUGAGGAGGCCCCGAAGACCCCGCUGCAGAAGAGCAUGGACCGGCUCGGCAAGCAGCUCUCCUUCUACUCCCUGUGCAUCAUCGGUUUGAUCAUGCUCAUCGGGUGGCUGCAAGGCAAGCACAUCCUGGACAUGUUCACCAUCGGCGUCAGCCUGGCGGUGGCCGCCAUCCCCGAGGGCCUCCCGAUCGUGGUGACGGUGACGCUGGCGCUCGGGGUCAUGCGUAUGGCCAAGAAGAGAGCCAUCGUCAAGAAGCUGCCCACCGUGGAGACUCUGGGCUGCUGUACGGUGAUUUGCUCGGACAAGACGGGGACGCUGACCAAGAACGAGAUGACCGCGACGCACAUCUGCACGGCGGAUGGGUUGCACGCAGAGGUGACCGGCGUGGGCUACAACGUGGACGGGGAGGUGCGGGUGGAGGGAGAGAUCGUGCACGGCUACUCCCACGCGUCCAUCGCCAGCGUCGUCGAGGCCGGGUGCAUCUGCAACGACGCCAUCAUCCGCAGCGACAAGGCCCUGAUGGGGCAGCCCACGGAGGGCGCCCUGCUCGUGCUCGCCAUGAAGAUGGGCCUGGCGGACGUGCGGGGAGACUACAUCAGGAGGAGGGAGAUCCCCUUCAGCUCCGAGCAGAAGUGGAUGGCGGUGAAGUGCGUGCACAGGACAAAGCAGUGCGGUGCGCAGGACAAGGCGGAGGUCUACUUCGUGAAGGGCGCCUUCGAGCGCGUCAUCGACAUGUGCUGCUCCUUCCGUGGCCAGGGGCACACGCUGCCGCUGUCCGCCCAGCAGCUGGUGCUCUACAAGCAGGAGGAGACCUACAUGGGCGCCAGCGGCCUGCGCGUGCUGGCCAUGGCCUCGGGGCCCGAGCUGGGCCAGCUGACCUUCCUGGGCCUCGUGGGCAUCAUCGACCCCCCGCGGCCCGGUGUGCGCAAGUCCGUCGCCAUCCUCGUCUCCUCGGGCGUCUCCGUCAAAAUGGUCACCGGCGACUCCAUGGAGACCGCCGUCGCCAUAGCCAACCGCCUCGGGCUGUCCUCCAACGGCGGCGGAGCCGCCAUCUCCGGGGAGGAGAUGGACCUGAUGGAGACGACGCAGCUCUCCCAGAUCAUCCGCAAGGUGUCCGUGUUCUACCGAGCUAGUCCCAGGCACAAGCUCAAGAUCGUAAAGGCGCUGCAGAAGAACGGGGAGGUGGUGGGGAUGACGGGCGACGGUGUGAACGACGCCGUGGCGCUCAGGGCCGCGGACAUCGGCGUGGCGAUGGGACGCAGUGGCACGGACGUGUGCAAGGAGGCGGCCGACAUGAUCCUCGUCGACGACGACUUCUACACCAUCAUGUCCGCCAUCGAGGAAGGGAAGGGCAUCUUCUACAACAUCAAGAACUUUGUGAGAUUUCAGCUGAGCACGAGCAUCGCCGCCCUGACUCUAAUCACCCUGGCGACGCUCAUGAACUUCCCCAACCCGCUCAACGCCAUGCAGAUCCUGUGGAUCAACAUCAUCAUGGACGGGCCGCCCGCCCAGAGUCUGGGCGUAGAGCCUGUCGACAAGGACGUGAUCCGGCAGCCUCCGAGAAACGUCAAGGACAGCAUCCUCACCCGCAGCCUCAUCUCCAAGAUCCUCAUCUCCGCCAUCAUCAUCGUCUCGGGAACCCUCUUCGUGUUUUGGAGGGAGCUUCAGGACAACAUGAUCACGCCCCGGGACACCACCAUGACCUUCACCUGCUUCGUCUUCUUCGACAUGUUCAACGCCCUGAGCUCGCGUUCGCAGACCAAGUCGGUGUUCGAGAGCGGCUUCUUCAGCAACCGCAUGUUCUGCUACGCGGUCGGGGGCAGCAUCAUGGGGCAGAUGGCCGUCAUCUACUUCCCGCCCCUGCAGCAGGUGUUCCAGACGGAGAACCUCAGCGCAGUGGAUCUGCUCUUCCUGCUGGGGCUGACGUCGACCGUGUGGAUCGCGUCGGAGGUGAUGAAGGCGGUGGAGCGGAGGAGGUUGUUCUCCCGCAAGCACGACGGGGGGGGAUCCUUCCUUGAAGUGUGAUCCCAGCCGGCGGGGUGGAGGGAGGUGGGGGGAAAGUGGGGGGGGGGGGGUGGAGGGGGGCGGUGGUGGGGAGGCCGCGCGCCGGUGCCGAAGACAAAAACCUCGCCGUGGACGACGAGGGCCGUGCGGCGACCUUGGCCGGUUUUGAAACAGAUUUUACUUUUAUAAUGCUCUUAUUUUUUCUCCUUUCCCCGCAGUUUUCUCAAAGGGACAAUGCUAUUACGUUUUAUUGCCUUUUCAAGUGGUGAUGCUUUCGCACGCGCGGCAGUAUUUGUUUGGACGGUCCUUGCACUUGGUUUGGCUUGCUGGCAUCAUCAUCGCGUCGUGUGGAACGCUCCUCUCAGACGUGCGCACUCGGUGUUUCUUGCCGUCGUCGGUUUUUGUUGUCGCGUGCGUAUGCGUGCGUAUGCGUGCAUAUGCGUGUGUAUGCGUGCGGAGGCCUCUGUUUUGCGGCCUCGCGUUUAUUUUUAUUUUCAAUCCCACCGCGUCGCUCUCAAAAUAGCCUCCGCCUCGUCCGCCGCAGUCCGGUCGACGUGGCGGAAGUGGCAACGCUGGCGGUGACCGAUCGUUCACCUCCUGUCCACCUCUUUCCCGCACGGCGACCUCGGCCGUCUCGUCAUCGAGGGCCCAGAGCUCCGGAGCCGAAGGCCGCGGGGCGGCGAGCGGCGGACACGGCGCUCACGGGCCGAGGGUCAUCGUCGCGCUGCACGCUCGCAAUCCUGAGAGCAGCUUCCAAAGCGGGGACAACCACUUCUGUUGUUUAUUACGCCGUCGCUGGCCGCGUUCCGUUGACUUCACCGUUGUAUUUAUUUCACCGCCCCCUCCGGAGGAAACGCACCCUCCUGAUCAAGCGUGCGUAUUUACGUCGCCAAAGCAAUGAUGCGAGUCUGUGCCGUUGUCAAACCGAUUAAGUGGCACGGUGUUGUUACAUCUCGUGUUCGUUGUUAGUGUGUGUGUGCGCGUGCGUGCGUGAGUGGGACUGUGUUGUGGCAUGCUCGAUGUGCAAACCGCUGAACCGUGCGGCCCUGCUCCCGUCGUGGAGCGGAGACGUUGGGCCGUGCGUGCGUCGGGCAUCGUUUGCCGCGGUCGUGAGCGGACACGCGAAAUCAAAAACUGCUCUUGAAGAUAAUUCAAAAUAAAUGCAGCUCACGCCUUG